AUGGUUUAUGAGCAGACAAACGCCCACUUGUUCUACGCAGGACGACGACGGGCCCGCCAACACCCCAUUUACGGCGUCGCGGUGUACAACGUGACCACCGGCCAGUGGCGCCGGGAGCGCGGCGCCCCGCCCGUGGUCCCGGUCUUCGCGCAGUGCGCGGCGGUGGGUACCCGCCUCGCCGUCCUCGGCGGCUGGGACCCGCGCACCUUCGAGCCCGUCGCCGACGUGCACGUCCUGGACGCCGCCACGGGGCGGUGGCGCCGGGGCGCGCCGAUGCGCUCGGCGCGGUCCUUCUUCGCGUGCGCUGAGGCGGGCGGCAGGAUCUACGUGGCCGGGGGCCACGACAAGCACAAGAACGCGCUCAAGACGGCGGAGGCCUACGACCCCGAGGCCGACGCGUGGGACCCGCUGCCCGACAUGUCGGAGGAGCGCGACGAGUGCGAUGGCAUGGCCACCGUGGCGGGCGACCGGUUCCUGGCCGUCAGCGGGUACCGCACGGCGCGGCAGGGCGGGUUCGAGCGUGACGCGGAGUGGUUCGACCCCGCCGCGGGCGCCUGGCGGAGGCUCGAGCGCGUCCGGGCUCCGCCCUCCGCGGCCCACGUCGUUGUGAAAGGGCGCGUCUGGUGCAUCGAGGGCAACGCCGUCAUGGAGUGGAUGGGGAUGCGGCGCGGGUGGCGCGAGGUCGGCCCUUACCCGCCGGGGCUCAAGGCCGGCACGGCGCGCGCUGUAUGCGUGGGAGGAGGGGACAAGGUCGUGGUGACCGGGGCGCUUGAUGGGGAGGGCGGCGGUGGGCGGCAUGCCGUGUGGGUGUUUGAUGUCAAGACCAAGAGCUGGACCGUCGUGCGCCCGCCGCCCGAGUUCGCCGGCUUCGUCUUCUCCGUCGCGUCCGUCCGGAUCUGA